CUUUCGUCUUCUCAUUCCGUUUCGGUCCUCGGUCGAGUUUGCACGCACGCACCACUGCGCUCUCUGCUGCCGUCGUCGUCCGCCACCAGCAGAAGGAGGGAGGAGAAAAGAAGCAAAAAGUGACAAGAAGCAAAUCGGUGACUGCGGGUGUGUGUGUGUGUACGCGCGCGGGGUGAAAAAAUAAAAAGUGACUGCAAAAUCCGGAUUAAUCGCGGCGAGGAUUGGGGAGUUUGCCUUCGGGUUGAGAGGCUGCCCCGUGCCGGAAGUGGUUGCAAGAAUCCGGUUGAAGAAAUCUGUGGAGGUUUGGGUUUAAAUUGGGAAAAGAAGGGAAGAUUUUCGCAGCGCCGCUCCCUCUACCCCUCCCACCACCGUCGAAGAGAGUGCAGAAAAAAAGAACGUCAAGAAAAUUCGAAGCAAAUCGCAGCAGGCCACGGAACAAGUGUUGCCGAUUGCGGUCGGAACCGGACCACUGCAGAAGGUGGUCGUGGCCACCAGCGCCACCGUCAUCAAACCAAGAAGAACCCCUUGAAAAGCAAGGAAAGAAGAAGGUUUUUCUCUUGCCCUUCUCCCUGCCAAGUGUGUGUGUGUGUGAGUGCGUGUGUGUGCGUCCGUGCCUGAGUGUCUGUGUGUGUGAGUGCGUACGUGUGCGAGGGUUGCGAAAGCGCAGUCGAUUUUCUCCGGUGGAACCGGAAACCGUCACGUCAUCGGCGGAUUCUUUGGAGGAAGCAAAACACCGGAAAGCCGUCGCCGUCGUCAUCUUCGUCAACAAAAACAAGCGCCGGAACAAUGAUGGUGGCCACCGUGCAGCGCUCGUCCGUGUGCCAUGGAUCAUUCUAAGACGAAGAAGUCUUCAACCCAGGACUGUUACGAGUUUCUCGACUUGAGCGACGUGGAUGACGGCGUAAAGGACGCCCUGGCUUCGACACUCAACACCACCACGCAGCAACCUGGCGGUGGCAUUCCUGCGGCUGCGGCAGCAGGUGGCGGCAAACCCAAACAGCAACAGCAAUACCAUUCCUAUCGUCCCCGGCGCCGCCAAUCGAACGCGUCUUCGGUAAUGUCCUCGUCGGACGGUUCCGGGGUGUACGACUACCCGCCGAGCUCGUCGGCGGCGGCGGCCACCUUCCCGUACCCCUUGGAGUACCACCAACCGUCGCAACAACAAAGUCCCCAAAACCAUCCUACUCCCCAACAACAACAACACCAUCAACACUACUUCCCGUACGCGGCGGCCACGACCGCGAUCGUUGCUCCGUACGAAGAUGGAGGUGUGACGGACCGCUCCACCGGCAAUGGUGGCGGUCCACCCUCACGGUACCACUACCAGAAGCGACAAAAAGAUGGCGGCGGCAACUCGCGGCCACCGUACCAGCAGUACCAGCAACACUAUCAACAUCACCAUCACUACAACCAAUCCUGGUCGCCACCUGCUGCCGCUGCAGCGUCCUCUUCUUCGGCUUCUUCCUCGUCAACAGCUGCAUCAACCACAGCAACAACACUGCCAAACACCUCUGCAAACGGUAACGUAGAGACGACGUACUACAACACCACGACCACCACCGCCUCCAAAACGGCAGACUACGGCGAAACCGGUUCCGGCGAACAGCCGCCACACCACCACCAGCACCACCAAUCCCACCACCAGCAGCACUACUACGGCAGCUAUCGCGUGGGCCCCUCGGGACGUUCGUACCGCCGACGGUCGGAAACGUACGGUGCCACCUCGACCACGACGACGUCCAGCAGCAGCUCCUCAUCGGUGGUGGCCAACAGCAGCAGCAGCACGUCGGCGGUGACCGCAACGACGACCUCGACAACGACGAGCAUGCCGCCGCACACCAACACUCCCCACUACCAGCAGCAGCAGCAGCAGCAGCAGCAACAGGGACAACAGAGUCAGCAGCAGCAAUCUCAACCGAAUGUGACGAGGGGGGGAGAGCAAGGGUCGGUUGCUCCGCAGCAGCAGCAGCCGAUCUAUCCGUCGCAGCCGAUUCCCGCUGGAUAUAUGGUGGGGGGACCGCACGCGAAUGCCGCCAUGUACCCGAUGCAGGUGAUUCCGCAGCCCGGGAAUGUGUACGUGAGCAACUUGACCGCGAACGUCAACGUUCAUGGGUUCAUGCCGCACGGGAUGCCCGGCUAUAUGGCGGCGGCGACGACGGGAACUCCGUCGGGUCCGGCAGGGGCUGCGUACAUUGCCAGUGAGGUGCCUGGGCACGAAAUGCAGCAGGUUAUGACGCCGCGCGAUGGCAGGACGGCUGCGAUGCGCAGAAAUGGAACGGGUGGGAGUAACGGGAGCACGGGCGGUCGUAACGGGAGUCGGCUUGGAAGUACUCCGAGACCGGCGCGGAAUUACGUGCCCCAUCACUUGCAGCAGCAGCAGCAGCCGGCAGCGUCUCAACCGGUGAUUAUUCAGGCACCGAUGCCGCAACCUGCCCAGUCGCAAUCCCAGCAGUCUGCCGGUGGACAGCAGCCGCAGCAAUCGCAAACGUCUCAACAGAGUCAGCAGCAGCAAGGCCAGUCGCAGCCUCAAACGCCGGAAAUUGUUCAGCAAGCGCCCCAGCAGCAGCAACACCCGGCAAUGGCGAUGGAACCUCAACAGGUGCCGUACGGAUACAGCGGAGGAUAUUACAACUAUAUCCCGAUGCAGUUCUAUCAACCGGUCCCGAUGGGUCAUCACCCGUCGGCCCAGCACGCCGCCGGAGCUCCGAUCUUCCAGGUUCCGAUGUACUCGGCAGCCCCGAUGUACGGCUAUCCCGGAGUCAUGUACCCGACCAUUUAUCAGCCCGAGUAUCCGAUGUACGACGAUAAGGGAGACGAGCAGAACCCGCAGCCCUCGCCGGAGGAAGGUGGCGUGAUGCACCAGGCCCUUUGGCAGCCCCCGACAAUGAUCGAGUACAACCCGGAGUCGGGCGAGUACAUUCAGCACGAGGAUGAUGAGGGCGCCAUGCUUCCGCCGGGACCACCCCAGAUGCAACCGAUCGCGCACGUCCUCGAUCCGAACGUGCCCAACUUUACCAUGCAAAUGGGACCGCCUACGCCGAUCCCCGACGACGAGUACGCCCCGUCAGAGGAGUACAACGCCAACACCAUGAUGUCACCGCCCUCAUCCCGGGCCUCGUCCCUUCAGAACCUGACGCAGAGCGAAAUGUACCUAGUGCCACAGCAACAGCAACCUCAAGAACCUCAACAUCUACACCAACAGCAGCACAUGCAAAUGAUGGACCUCGAGGAGGUCGCCAUGCACGAACAAGCCAUGGUCGACCACGAGGGCAACUACCUGAUAGAAGAAGAAGAAGAAGAAGAAGAAGAUGAAGAAGAGAUCCAAAGCUACCAGCAGCAGGAACCUCCAAUGUCACCAUCGCCACCACCACCCCAACAACAACAACAACAACACAUCCACGUGCAAUCGCCCCACGAAAUGGUGUACAACCCGGAACCAAUCCAGCAGCAAAUGGUAGUUGUCGAACAGCAGCCGGCUCUGCCGAUCCAAGAAACCCCCCAACCGGAAGUCACGCAAGUCUGCGAACCGGAACCGGCCGUGCGCGAGGCUACGCCUCCUCCUCCGCCUCCCACGUCUGCUGUUGUAACGUCCACUCCGCCCAUUCCGCUACCGAUUCAACUAACGCUCGUUCCUCCACCCCAGCUCGACAAACCUCCACCGCCGAUUCCGUUCGAGAUCCUCAAGCACCAGCAUGAGCAGCAGUUGCAAAAGCAACAGCAGCAACAGCAACAGCUCCAACAAACCGCGCAAUCCCAAACUCAACCCCAAUACAAUGACACCAACAACAAUAACCAGAAAAAGAAGACAAACGAGGUGGCGCUGGCGGCCACACCGGGCGCCUCCGUUGAGCCGCAACCGGCGAAGGAAUCGGCCUCAAAACCAAAUCAGACCCAGCAAACGUCGUUCAAAAGCCAAACCUCGGACGAACUCGCCAAGCUGACGCGAGCCGUCCAGGAGAAAUUUGUCCUGAAUGAUGACCGCGGCAAGUCGUCCUUCCGGUGGGCGAAUCCCAACGCACCGGUUGCGACCACCACGAUUGCGUCGUUCACCUCGCCAACGACCACGGUCGUAACGGGUCAACCGAUGCAGAAGAAGACCACCGCGUCGGUGUCGGUUUCGGCCAUCCCGAACAAAGAGUACACUCCCGCGACCUCGACUUCCGCCGUCAAGCCUUACCAGAAGAAUACCUCGCCGAUUCCGUUCACGGCGCUCGGCUCGACUGCGACGCCGCUGGCCGCGAUGCAGCACAAGCAACCCUUGGCUCCGCAAAAGUCCUACACCGAUUCGUCCGUCGGCGUCGUUGCCACUGCCCCGACCAUGGAAUCCAAGAAGGUCGAAGCGAUCCCACAGCGCGAACCGCCCCACCACAUCCAACCUCCGCCGGGACCUCCCCCGCUGCUGUCCGUGCCGCCGCCAGUCAUUCCGGCACCAUCGUACGCGCCGCCACCACCGGCCGCGACUCCAGCCGUCGCCGCACCGGCCAAAUCCUGGGCCAGCCUGUUCAAUUCGUCGUCGUCGUCCUCCUCGUCUGCUUCCGCCCCAGCUCCGGCUCCAACCGCAGCCCCAGCACUGGCCCCGUCGACGGCAAUUACCGCUGGUCCGCCGCCAUCUUCCACCAGUGCAAACCAAGCGCUUCCCACGCACUCACCCUUCGCCGCCUCCUUCAUGCCCGCGCUAGCCCGUUCCGGGUCCGGCCACACUCCGGCAGAGGCCGCAUCCAUUCCGUCGAAGAAACCCAUCGCCAAGGUGCUUCCGUUCGACAAGAGCGGCUCCUCAACGAGUAUGUCCUACUCGGCGGCGGCCAACCAAACAACCUCGACACAACCCAAACCCAACAAACCAAACCAGCCCCAGCAGCAGCAGCAGCAGCACCAGCAACAGCACCUCGGAAAGGUCCCCGAUCAGCUGGACGAGAACACCCUCAAACUGGGAGAAUUCCUCAACACGUACCAGAUCGAGAACAACAGCAUCAGCAUCCAGCCGCGCGGUCUCAUCAACCGCUCCAACUACUGCUACAUCAACGCGAUCCUGCAAGCGCUGGUCGCGUGCCCUCCGUUUUACCACCUGAUGCGCGCCAUCCGGUCGUUGCCGGCGGCCCGCAACAGCAAACACCCGCCGUUCAUCGAUGCCAUGACCGCACUGGUGGCAGAGUUUUCGACCCUGCCGCUGCGCUCCAAGGUCGCGCGGGACAAGACCAAGAAGGACGAAACGCCGGACAUUACCACCGAUACGCCGCUGGAACCGGUCGUCAUCCACAAGAUACUGGCCCUGCUCAGGUCGGACAUCUUCCAGGUCGAGGGCCGCCAGGAGGACGCCGAGGAGUUCCUCGGCUGUGUGCUGAACCGGCUCAACGACGAGAUGUUGGAGCUGAUGAAACUGAGCAAGAACGAGUCGGAGGUGAACGGCAGCAGUGGCAACAGCAGCGCCGAAGAGUCCGGAGAUGGGCACGGUGACGACCAGGACGACUGGAAGGUCAUCCGUGGCAACCGGAACAAGGGCACCAUAACGCGCACCACCGACUUUGGCCGCUCGCCGAUGAGCGACAUCUUCGGGGGGAAGCUGCGGUCGCGGGUGCACCGCGAGGGCGACCACCCCACGGACAACAUUCAGCCGUUCUUCACGCUGCAGCUCGACAUUGAGAAAGCGGCCUCCGUCAAGGACGCGCUCGAUCUGCUCGUCGGCAAGGACCAGCUGGAGGGCAUGACGUGCUCCAAGACCAAGCAGGAGAUCCAAGCGUGGCAGCAGGUCACUCUGGAGGAGCUCCCGAUCGUGAUGAUUUUGCACCUCAAGUGCUUCGACUACAAGAUGGACGGCUGCACCAAGAUCCUCAAGACGUUGGAGUUCCCGAUCGAGCUGAAGAUCGAUUCGAAACUGAUGUCCUCCAAGGGCAAGGCGUACACGGCCAAGCAGAAGCAGUACAAGCUGUUCGCGGUGGUGUACCACGACGGCAAGGAGGCCUCCAAGGGGCACUACAUCACGGACGUGUUCCACGCCGGGUACGGCACCUGGAUCCGGUACGACGACAGCACGGUGCGGGCCGUGCCGGAGUUUAACGUGCUCCACCCGAAGGCGCCGCGCGUGCCGUACCUGCUGUACUACAGACGGCUGGACACGCACUACCACGGUGGCGGCAGCGGAGCUGGAGCAGGAGCGCCAGCCGGCGGUGCCCCGGCCGGCACUGCCAGCAGCAGCAGCAGCAGUAACAACGGUAGCAACAUUAGUAGUAGUAACAACAAUAGUAACAGUAACAACAGCAGCAGCAGUGCGAAUAGCAGCACCAACUACAGUUCCGGUGGCGGCAGCUACUACGGUGGUGGGCCCGGCUCCAAGUGAACGGGAGAAAAGCUCAGUGAAAAGUGCGCGAAAAAGGACGUUUUCUGUAAGCUAGGAUUGUGCGAGGAAGCAGAAGAAGGUAGUUUUUAAGAGUGUGUGCGUGUGAGAGCUAGUGAGUACGUUGAACGAAACCGCGAUCAAAUCGUGAGAGAUCAACGAAAAAAAAAGAGCAAAACAAAUCAUCAGAUAGUGUGAGCGGGCGGCGUGAUUAAGGGAUUUACGAAAAUUGUUACUUUAGUUUGUUAGGAUUAGAACGGGCUUUUUUUCAUCAUCAUCAGUUUGUUAUCACAGUUAGUCGUUUAUUUUUGAUUUUUUUUUUCUUCACUCAUCCCCCUUCACAUUUAGUAAGACUAAUUUUGGCGACCAAGCAAGGUCGUUUUGUGCGUGAGCGCGCGCGAUCGUGAGUAAGCGAUGGCUCUAAUAUUAUUAUCUCCAGUCGAACGAUUAGUACUACAAAUACUAUUAUCAGCUAAAAAUUGUACUAAAUUCAAACUAAAUUAGAGAAAGAGCACACAAACGAUAAAUUAUUAAACUUUAUUCAAGAUUUAAAAUAGGAGUAGCGCGUGAAACAAUUGAAAAAAAUCUUAGGGGAUUGUUGUUUUCAUUAUCUUAGAGAUAUUAUUACUAUUAUUAUUAGCAGCAAGAUAGUUGUAAGGUGUAAUGCAGGCUAUGGCAAGAUGCUGCCGGACGCCAUAAGUGCGUUUGUGUGCUUUUCGCUUGCGCGCUUAUGGCGUUCGGAGAAGGAACAGGAAAGAGUGCGCAGGGUUAGCCAAGAACAAUUAACUUUUUAAAUAUGUUAAUUAAAUUUGUUUUUUUUAAUUACUUAUAUUUGCUAAAGAGUGAGCUGCCUACCGUUGUGGGGCGAGCAGCAAAUAAAGGCAAGAGAAGGUAAAUAAGGGUAAAAUAACUAAAACGAAAGCGCUCGUGCGAAUAUUCCGAAAAACAUACUGCUGUUCGAAUUGCGGCGUACUUGGCGUCGAGAUCCUAAUCCUUAAGCGUUGCGUGAGUGUUCGUGUGUAAAUAAAACAAAGACUAAUGUUUCAAUCGGCUGGUGUAAAUUGCGAAAACUAAUUUGUGCUUGAAAUUUUGCGGUUGGGAGCGCAAAAAUGUUUAAAUUUUAAAGUUAUUCUUUUGGAAAGCGAGAGCUAUACUGUAGUUCACGGUGAAGGGCUUGCCAGUCGGGUGAAAAUUCAUGCUGAACCCUAGUUUGGUAGAUUGUGCUGGCGGUACGGAAGCGAAAUCAAUAUCAAAUGACGGAUCUAGUGCUGAGAUUGAAAAUUCGCGACGUGGAACUGGAAGUCUCUCAAUUUUAUUUACCGUAAGUCAGUUCAAGAUUGUCAUCAGAGACUUGAACGCUCAAAUCGGACAGGAAGAGUGGUUUGGACCGGUUAUUGGAAGGUUAAGAGGAGAUGAACAAUAACAGUCUACGACUCAUUUAUUUCGCUACCCCCAAGAACCUUGCUAUACGUAGUGCCUUCUUCCAGCGCAGCGUCCUCGGUAAGUACAGCUGGAGAUCACCAAAAUGACACGGAGUCACAAAUCAACCAAGGUGAUGGCCUACGAGUGGCACGAUCAUGAACAGGUUCUACCAGCUGCUUGCUUUAGUCGGUGACAUCGACAUUGUGGCAAGGAACUUUGCUGACGGUGAAAGACUGAAGGUACAAGCAAGAUGUGUAGGACUUGGCAUGAAUACGACGAAGACAAAGUACAUGAGAGGAAGGGGUUCGAAAGACGUCGGCCUCCCAAGUCUCACCCCUCUAACUGUGGAUGGUGAUGAGUUGGAGGAGUUGAGCGAGUUCGUGUACUUGGGAUCGCUUGUAACCGCCGACAACGACACCAGCAAAGAAUCCGGACUCGUAUUUUUGCUAGGGAAUCGUGCGUACUUCGAAUUACGGAAGACCCUCACAUCGGAUUGAGUGCAAAGCCGCACAAAGCUGGCGAUGUACAAAACACUGAUUAGAUCGGUAGCCCUCUAUGGCCACGAGACCUGGACGAUGCGGCAGGAGGACGAACGUGCCCUUAAAGUUUUCGAACGGAAGGUGCUACGAACGACCUACGGUGUCGAACGUACGCGUUAUUUGAAGAACUGACCAUCGCCACCCAGGCGUUGCCCGAAUGGACGAGAGCCAGCCUUGCAAACUGAUUUUUGACCGCGCAGAACCAGCUGGCGGAACGGGCAGAAAAGCAGGGAAACCUCGGGCACUAUGGGGAGAUCAAGUGAAUGAUGGUAUCCGGAAGAUCUGUAAUCUAGGAAAUUGGAGAGUAGCAGCACAAGACCGAGAAAGAAGGAAGCGUCUUGUUACUGCAGCACGCGUACCUGGUGCGCUAUGCUGGUUGGUAUUUAUCACAAAUCAACCACGUUCUCAGCGAUUGUUGGCACUUCUGGGACAUAAUCGACCACGACAGCAAAGUUACCUGGAAAGUAGAAUGAGUGCUUGACCGACCCUUAGCAUGAAAUCACGGACACAAACCGGAACAUGGAACGUACUCACGUUGGAAAUCUCGGAUCCGCACAGUCCAUUGGUGAAAAUGUAUUGGAAGAUCGCAGUAAUCUGGACUCCGGUAAUUGAGUUUCGGCUUUGGAAGUCGACGCCUGUAAGCUGAUCAAACAUCUGCUGCGAACAGUCUACACGACAAGACGUGUUUCUCUACUCUACACAAGGUUAUGGGCCCAGCACAAUCCAAGAAGAAGUCACGAAGUUAGGACUGCAAGUCAACGUCUAGCUGCGAUUGGGUUCAAUGUGGACGUUUCCUGGCUGGCGGAAAUAGUGUUGAUGGGACUUCCGGAGCACUACGAGCCAAUGAUCAUGGGACUCGACGCGUCUCGGAAGGCGAUGUCAGCGGAUGCCGUGAGGUCAUUUGGAUGCGAUCGUCCGCUGCCACACACGAAGUUGACACGAGAGAAUGCCGAGCUCAACAUUCAAACAGUCAAACAGCCGGGCGAUACGACGAAACAAGCUCUUUCUCUCGAGGGAGUGAAAUCUACCAACAGUGGUGACAUCUCGCGACGCUCGUGAGGCACCUGAACGAGUUUACGCAUCCGGGAUUAAGGGUACGGUAUCAACUGUCACACGUAAGUCGCGUAAACCUGGUGAACAUCAGUCCACCUACGCUGAGGGAGAUUAAAGAAGUCGUAAAGUGUAUGAAAUCCGGUAGACUGCGGUGACAAUUUGGAUGAAGCAUCUCAACGAUCUAAACGCGAGUUCGGUGUGAAUUCAAGAGACACGGCCGUAGCCUCUUCAUCGUGAACGCUGGUAUAGUGAUUGUGUCUCGGUAAUGGCAUGAAAUACCGUCAGUUUUCGCCCAAAUUAACACAUUUUAGGCUUGUUCUCGUUCAUUUAGCACUGUAGGAAAUAUUCAGAGUGAUUUAAAGUGUGUUUGUUUCAAGCUAGGGACAGUUCGCUAGUUUGCUUCGAAGGGUUCUUGAGUAGCAAUGGAAAUCAAAUUAAGCAUAGUUUGCGCGGAUCUGGUUGGUUUAAAUCACUUUAAAUUUGGCACGACGUUGACAAACGGCUAGCAGCUUUGCAAGAAGAAACAAGAAGGUAGAGAAAGCAAAAUAGGGAGAUGCGCACGCGAUAAAACUAGCAGUUUUUGAAUCGUUAGGGCUGUGUAUAAUAUUAAUCAACCGUGUCGUAGAGACUAAGGCAGAAAACAAAAACCUCUAAUUUUAUUUGAAAAUAUAUCUUAUAUAUACUAACUAUAGGCAUACUAGCGCUAACGUAAGGUUUAAACAAGCAAAAACAGCCCAUUUAAAUUACACAUUCGCAUAGAAGAAAGAGAGAGAAGGUGAAAAAAGCAACAAAUAACAAAACUAUAAACACACACAGCAAGCAAAACUCCAACGAAACUAUUCAACCAGCAAAAACAAAUUAAAGUAACACAAGCAAACAAACAACCAAUUCUGUCACGCAGUAUACUAGCCAAAUCAUGUUUAGCUGUUUUAGUGUGGGGUAGGUAGAGUGAACCAGUUUGUGUGUAGGGAAAAGUGUCCACCCACAAUUACACCGUGUAAUAGUUGAAAGUCGAAUCGCGUUUCGCCAAAAGAAAAAAAAAGCAAGCAAAACAAAAAAAAACAAUACUUUAUCUUCAUUGUUCCAUCUUUCGUAAGCCGGCUGCUAUCGUUGCUCCACCAACCCACAACAGUACUAUCAAAACUCAUCAGUCACCGGUGUUAGUGUGUGUGUAUGCGAAGCAGCAGCAAAACCAAUAGAGAGUAAAAUAACGCCGCAGAGUAAAUCGUUCUUUAGAUAAGUGCACUUAUUAACGGUAAUUGUGUAAAAUGGGCAAGUCAAGCAUCGCAAAAAAAAAAAAAAAAUAACAGACACACGCAAACACAAACACAAGUAAACAAAUACACACAGACACACUCAUUAUUAAAGUAACGAAAAAAAAAAAAUACACAAACAGUUGGAAAAGUGCAAGCAGGACAAAAGUGUGGCUUAGCUUGGGUUAUUUUUGUUUUCUUUAUUUAAUUUUCGCUUUAGUUAGUCGUUUAAUUGGCUUCGCGUAAUGAAUAAUCACAUAAAACAGUAAUAUACAGGUAAAUAUUAUUGUUUUUUUCUAAUUUAAAUUCGAAAGAAGCACUGCGAAGUUUGAUUUUGUCUACCUUGUGAAAGUAAACAGUCAUUUAAAAAAGAAAACGCGUAGUCAAAACCGUUAGUGCAAAAGUGCACCCUCUCUCGAACUCCGCAAUGGUUAAGUAACGAAAAACAAUUUCCAAAAUUAUCUAGCAAUUCUGAAUGUAGUUGAAGCGAGUUGAAGCAAAGAAAAAAAAUACAGCUCUUGGUAGAACAGGAAUCUAGGCGUGAAAAGACCCAAAUAUAUAUAUGAAAAAAAAGAAAAAAAAAUCCAAUACGAAAAUAGUCAUCUAAAUUAUCACCACAGAGAGAGAGAGAGAGAGCGAGAGAAAGAGUUUGUGGAAAAGUGAGAGAAAAAGCGAACAGAUGUGCGUUGCCGUCUGUUGUCGGUUGCGAAGUGAACCAUGCAACUAGAAAGAGACAAAACAGAGUGAAUGUGAAAUGGACAUUGAGCGUGUGAAAAAGGCAAGAGUAAUAAACAGUAGAAUAUUUAAUAUAAAA